UGUAUUACUGCAGUUUAUGCAGCUUCUUCGGGUUGGAAAUGGAGAAUUAUCAAGGUGAUUUGACCGAUAUACUUCGAGCUACCGGUCAAUCAGCUCAUCGCGAUCAUGGAAUACUAGUACCCGGACCUGAAGCUCCCGCUCCCAGCGUUUCGAAUUGCUGGGAGUUCGCUUCUUCUUCUUCUUCGUCUUCUGCAUCGGUUUCUACUUUAGAUGACAUUAAUAUUGGCAUCAUCAAGAAGAAUAGUCAUGGCGGUUUUGGCGAUCCUUUCGUUAACAUGAGAGAUCCGCUUCUUCAUGAGCUCGACAACGUUAUGGCGGCCGCCUCGGGUUGUUCCGCCUAUUUUCGCAGCGUUGAUGAUGCUAAUAAUUUCUCUGGUGCAAAUACUAGUUCUAGUACUAAUCUUCUUGCUCAUCACCAUACAGUGUUUGAAGAAGAUCAGAUGAAUAACAAUAAUAAUAAUAAUAUUACAACUAAUAUAUUUUCAAGAAUUCAGAUCUCUCCCAAUAAUUCAACUGCUGUUAAGUUGCCUCCGCCGCCUGUUUCGCCGCCUUGUGAGUCUCCGGUAAUGGCUUCGCCGAGGGGCUAUAUGAAUAAGGGUUCUUCUCCUAUGAUUUCAAUUGAUAUGAUGAAUUCCAAAAGUUGCUUGAUUGAUAACACUGCAACGGUGCAGAUCUCUUCUCCGCGGAAUCUGGGAAUCAAGAGAAGGAAGAGCCAGGCAAAGAAGGUGGUGUGCAUACCAGCACCAGCAGCAGUAAACAGUAGGCCAAGUGGAGAAGUAGUUCCAUCUGAUCUAUGGGCAUGGAGAAAGUAUGGUCAGAAACCCAUCAAAGGCUCUCCUUAUCCAAGGGGAUACUAUAGAUGCAGCAGCUCAAAAGGUUGCUCAGCAAGGAAGCAAGUGGAGCGUAGCCGAACCGAUCCAAACAUGCUAGUCAUAACCUACACCUCGGAGCACAACCAUCCAUGGCCAACUCAAAGAAAUGCUCUUGCUGGCUCAACAAGGGCACAGCCACCCAAGAACAUUACUGCUGCUACCGGUUCGAAGAGCAUCUGGCCGAGCUCUCAUCCUCAAAAGACGCCGCUAAAGACGACAAAGGACGAAUUAUCACAGCCUGAAAACGAUACAUUAUCUCCUACUAACAUGUUGGCAUCAGUAAAAGAGGAGAUGGAGGAGGAGAAUGAGAAGCAAAUAAUGGAGAUGGGUGAUCGGACCGACGCGUUUGGCGAUAAUUACAGGCCUGCAAUGGCAGAUUGUAGUCAUCAGCAUCAUCAGCCUGAAGAUUUCUUUUCUGAAUUGGAUGAAAUAGAAGCAGACCCUCUUCACCAUCUUUUGUUUGAUUGGUCAGACAACACCAACACCACCAACAACAACAACAAGAACUCAUAUGAAGAAGCUAAGAGAGGUCUAUAACAGAUUGUUUUUCUGUUAUAAUUCAAGAUCCAAGGUGCUGCUACAAACCCUUAUUCUUGUUGUUUGGUUUUUUCUUGGAAAUUUGUGGUUUACCAGAGAGUUAAUUAGGGUAAAAAAAAGAAGGGAGACCUAGUGCUGGUUAAGUGGGAGCAGAAGCAAAGGAGUCCCACAUUCCCUUUGGAAUAUUGGUGGAUGGGACAGAAAGCUGAGGAACAGAAGGUUUCAACAGUAGUAAAAAACAAGUACUCUUAUCAGACAUGACUAGAAAACUCAGUAAAAGCAGACAGCAAAUUCAUACAAAUUUCACAUAAAACAAAACAUGGGACUUUGCCCCUUGCUCAUGCUGUAUCAUCAAGUGGGAUAAAUUAUUCAUCCCUCUUCCUUCACAGGUGAUCAUGAACUUGAUGUAUUUUCCUUUAUAUCAGGAAAAAAAUCGCAGAUACACCCUUAAUGUUUAUACUAGGGUUGAUUAAGACCCUGAUAUAUUACUUUUUAAGGUGAUUAAACACGAUUAAUGACCUUGAAACUGGACAGUUAAGCUCGUUACGGUGUUACCAAUUUUGUAUAGUGUGGAAAAUGGUAACUCCGGGACUUAAUUGUCACGUUUUGAGGUCGUUAAUCGUGUUUAAUGAUCUUAAAAUACAUGAGGGACUUAUUUGACUCUUGAUACAGACAUUAAGGGUAUUAUGUGGCCCUUUUUCUUUAUAAUUAGAAAAAGUAGAAAAUGAUAAAAGCUUGACUUUUCUUAUCAGACUUGAUCUAGGGAUGUGAAAAGUGGGAUCUAUUACAGGCUUUGGUUCCUCAGCUUUCUGUUUUGCUAUUUAUCCACCUUAAACUUUUACUUUUUACCAUAAUGUAGUUUUAUUUAUAAUAAUUUCUGAUCAGAGAGAUCGUUUCUGUUAUAAUCUGUCUCUGCCAGCAAAACGAGGUUGCCAAAUGUAUGAUGAUGUUGCAUAUCAUAGUAGCUUCUGCCUGUCCAUUUA